GAGAGAAAGGGGGCAGAAGAAGAAGGAGAGGAGGAGAAGGAGGAGGAAGAAGAAGAGGAGGAGGAUGGAGAGAUCAGAAGCGGGUGAGAUGCUCCUGCGUAACGCGAGCGCUGUCUGUCCUUGAGCGCACAUGCAGGACGGAAACUAAACCGAAACAUUAAGCUGAACAAUAUUUAACACACACACACACACACACACACACACACACACACACAUUUUAUAUGGAAGAGGAUUUGUGCUGCAGAUUUGCGCAGAGAAUUUGAGUGCUCCUGGGAAGGGAUUACGCAUUAUCUGAAGUUCAUCCCGAUGACAGAAGAAGAGAUGUCUUGCUUUCAAUACGAGCUCAAAUCGUGGAACAGAGCGCGCGUGCUCGGAGACAUCGUCUCACAAGGUAAGUUUUGGGGAUUUGAGGUUUUUCCCAAAGCCGCCUCCAUACCCCGCGACCCUUUUACGCACGGUUCUAAGGCGCGUUUUUAUUUCAUCAGGACAUUCUUCAAAAUCAGCUGGGACUUUUUUUAUUUUUAUUUUUUUAUAUAUAAUUUUUUUUUUUUUAGUUACCCGCGUUUCCACCACAGGACUAGGGACUUCUGGGGGUUCCACUUGCAGGGACCAGGGUCUAAAUUAAGUUCCUGGGAAAAUAUUUCCCCAUUGGGAAGUCCGUACUCGGGAGGUGGUACUUUUUCAAAGUUCAGGAACUUUCAGGGGUGGGAAUUGGGCGCUGAACAUGCUGAUGCAUGGAACUGGAAAAUGUAAAAGUCUACUUAAAACUAUCAAGUGGGUUAAGCGAGCUGGGCUUUAUUCAUACAGCACUACAGUGCGGAGAAAAGCGCGUGCCCUCCCCGCCGCGCGCGCGCGCGUUCCUCUGUCUCAGUCAUCUCUAAUGAUCAAAUCCGUUUGCUUACUAGAAUUAGGAGCAUUCUGAUCUCGCUUUACUCCCACUGCUCGUCUCUGAAUUACCUGUUUAGCAAAGCAAUGCAUCACAAUCCACAGCAGCACAGCUUGAAUCUCCUCCAUGCUUGCUGUUGAUCAGAUUUCAGAAAAGAAUAUUUUUUUAAAAUCUGAACCUUUAGCCAAAGAUUAAAAUCUCGGACUGGGAAUCACUACACCACCAGCUUAGUUUCAGCAAGACUCUAAACUUUGUAUCUUUGCCAUGGGCGAAGAUUGUUCCUGUUCAAAGGUUUGUGUCCAAAUCAGAACCUGCUACGUGUUUUGACAUAUUUUGUAUAGAAUUUUACUUCUGAUUUUGUUUUGUGUCACAUUUUGUCACACAUCGAGUGUCCCUUUUGCCCCGAGCAAUUAACCGUGGGCCACAACUGACUAUGACCUGAGGACCCCUUUAAUACAAUGCAUUUAAAUAUGUAUUUAAUAAAUAGUGUGCUAUGUGGAAAUGAUGCACUAGGGUGAUGUAGUAGGCUAGGUAGUGUAUGGUAUAGAGUGCGGUUUGAGACGGAGACAGUGUGCUCCUUCUGAGCGAUGUGAACUUUGUGCACUUUGGAGUGGUCUGGGAUUCGGAAACGUUCCUAGAAAUAAAAUGCUACUAAACUGUACCUUUCCUUGUUGGUAGGGUAGCUUAGAUUUUGUACCUGUGUACCUUUACGUUAUGCAAUUGUACCUUUAAAGAACACUGCAUGUGUGAAGGUAAAAGAUACAUACUAGAGAGACAGAAGGUGUAAAAUCAUUUCAUAGGAUGUUUUUUUUUUGUUUUUUUGUUGUUGUUUUUUGAAAGUGAAGAUUGUGUAUAAUUUUGCUUUUUUUUUUUUUUUUUUUUAAUAUCAUUUCCCAGACAGAAAGUGAAAAUGAAGCAGCUCGAGCGCCGCUCGGACAUCUGACGGACAUCAACAUCGGAAAUUUUACAGCAAGCCUUUCAAAGUAAAUGGACCGGCCUCACAUCCAGUUUCCAUCAACGGGACACCUUGUUCAGAGACGAGUAAAUUGCCGAGAGACAAGAUCCUGAGUUAGGAAAGCACAAUGCAUUUUUUUUAAUGACAUUCAAAUAUUUCAUGUUUAUUCUGGCUUCUGGAUAAAGCAUGAAUAAAGAAAACCAUAUGGACUUUACACAGGUGAAGAGAUGUCUUCACCAGCUGUCGGAGUUCUGAGCCAAAUUCCCAGGUUUAUAAAUUCAGAAGUAAACUUUUUAGAAGUGACUUUUCGAUCCUAAACCACAAGAACAGUCCAAACCCACUUUCCUUCCCGGUUUUCUUAAACGAUAGACCUCGCUUAGAAAGAGAACAAGUGAAUACGCAAUGGAUGAUUGACCAGCGAAUCAACUAUGAAAACGUCUUGGUGUCGAUGCUGACAGGCUCCACCCCUUUCACUCGCUUGCCCCACCCCAAACUCCCGGUCCUAGUCCAUCCUAGCGCUCCACACCAUGCUCCUCCUGAUCUGCCUGUUCCUGCACUGUGUGCUCACUUCUCUGGGCCAGUAUGACAUCUGUAAGUCGCUGGUGAGCACGGAUGAUGGGCCCACGUGGGAGUAUUAUGCAUGUCAGCCCCGACCCGCCACCAUGAAGGACUUCAUGCAGAUCCGAGUGGAGCCGCCGGACAUCACGUGCGGAGACCCACCUGAGCGCUUCUGCACCCUGGAAAAUCCAUACCUGUGUAGCGACGAAUGUGACGCGUCCACUCCGGACCUGGCCCACCCGCCUCAGCUGAUGCAGGACCGUGAACGCACUGGCCUCAUCACCUACUGGCAAACGGUGACAUGGAGCCGCUUCCCAGAUCCGCUGCUGGCCAACAUCACACUGUCAUGGAACAAGAGCCUGGAGGUGACAGACGACAUCGAGAUCACCUUUGAGUAUGGCCGACCCACCAUCAUGGUGCUGGAGAAGUCGAUGGACAAAGGCCGAACCUGGCAUCCAUACCAGUACUAUGCUGACGACUGCAUGGAAGCGUUUGGUAUGCAGCCCAAGAGGGUGGAGAACCUUUCAGCAACCAAUGUGACUCGGGUCAUCUGCACCGAGCAGUACUCGCGCUGGGUGGGCUCCAAGAACGAGAAGAUUGUGCGCUUUGAGGUUCGGGACCGCUUUGCCAUUUUUGCAGGGCCCAGGUUGCUCAAAAUGGACAACCUGUACACACGCAUGGAGAGCUUGAAAGGUUUGAGAGAUUUCUUCACGUUCACUGACUUGAAGCUACGGCUGCUGAGGCCUGCGCUUGGAGGAACGUACGUGCAGAGGGACAACCUGCUCAAGUACUUCUACGCCAUCUCUAAUAUUGAGGUCCUCGCCAGGUGUAAGUGUAACCUUCAUGCAGGACAGUGCACGUUCCGCGACGGCAGCCUCCAGUGUGACUGCGAGCACAACACCACGGGGCAAGACUGCGCUCGCUGCGAACGAGGCUUCAAGGCCAAGUCGUGGAAGCCCGGCUCGUACCUGCCUACUCCCAAUGGAUCACCCAACACCUGUGAGGCGGCAGGGACUCUCGGCAACUGUGAGUGCUAUGGUCACUCAAACCGCUGCAGCUAUAUUGACUUUAUCAACAUUGUAACUUGUGUAAGCUGCAAACACAACACUAGAGGGCAGAACUGCCAGCACUGUCGCCUUGGAUACUUCAGGAACGCUUCGGCCGAGCUGGAUGAUGAGAAUGUUUGUAUAGAGUGUAAUUGCAAUCAGCUGGGCUCUUUACAUGCUCGCUGCAACGAGACUGGUUUCUGCCAGUGUCGAGAAGGCACCACGGGCCAGAAGUGCGAAGACUGUCUGCCUGGAUACAACUGGAAACAAGGCUGUGUCCAGAACGUCUGCGACGACGAGCUUCUGCUCUGUCUGAAUGGUGGGACGUGUGUCCAGAACCAGAAGUGCGUUUGUCCACCUGACUUCAAGGGCGUCCUGUGUGAGCAGGAGCGCUGCGAUGGUGAGAAAGUCUGCAACGGCGGUCCUGCCUGCUACCUCAGCUUCCUGACUGUGCUGCUCUGUUUCCUCGCCAACAGCGUGCUCCUAGCCAGUGCCUAG